GGAAACACGCCCCACCAUGACUUCGUUCUAUGAGCUGAAAGCUGAGCUUCCGGGCGGGAAGACGUAUGACUUUGAACAGUUGAAGGGAAAGGUCGUGUUGAUCGUGAACGUUGCAUCCAAGUGUGGAUUCACCCCGCAGUAUACUGGUCUGCAGAAGCUGUACGACAAGUAUAAGGACCAGGGAUUCCUCAUCCUCGGCUUCCCCUGCAAUCAGUUCGGCGGACAAGAGCCCGGCGACGACGCUGCCAUUAAGGAGUUCUGCACGCUCAACCACGGCGUCACCUUCCCGCUCAUGAAGAAGUCGGAUGUGAACGGGGACAACACGAACGAGGUGUUCAAGUAUCUCAAGAGCCAGAAGUCUGGCCUGUUGGGCUUGACGCGAAUCAAGUGGAACUUUGAGAAGUUCCUCGUUGAUCGGAGUGGCAAGGUCGUCGGCCGCUGGGCGUCGACCACCUCUCCCGACGCCCUCGACGAGGAGAUCGCGAAGCUGUUGUGACUAGAUGGUUCCUCGGCUUCGACGGCUCUUGACGAUCACCUUGUGACCGCCAAGCUGUAAUCGUACAGUCCCCGGCUUCGAGUGCUGCAAUUUUUCCGAGUGAGAACAAAUAACA